AUGGCGACACAGCACAGUUUGGGCUCGCCAGUUUACCACCCAAAUACACUCCCAGGCCUUGCCUACGAGGAGAAACGUCAACUACAUCGUUUCCGGAACAUCUUGACUGAGAAGCUGGCGCAGCCUUUCGGAUCCCAUUUCUGGAACUCGCUGGUUCUUCAAUUGUCGCAGUCAGAGCCUGCUGUUUUGCACGCUGCGCUUGCCCUCACCUCGGCCCAUGAGCGGUUCGUCCAAGACCAAGGGAGGCUGGACUUCUCCAGUGUCGCUCCUAGCGGACUGUUCUCACUCCGACAAUACAACCAGGCCAUCAGAGCAUUAAUUUCCAAUACAUCGCUUGAAACAACUUUAUCGCUUCGCAUAGCCAUCGUCUCGUGCGUUCUGUUUGUUUGCUUAGAGAUUCUGCGAGGCGACAUGAAUGCCAUGCAGACCCAUUUUGCCGCUGGGAUUAAGCUGCUACACCAACUGCAGCAUCAAGGACAGCGCUUGCCAGCACCUAAAAGCAUCAUUUUGGUGACAGACAAUCCCGAAGCUUUCGACGACCAUCUCGUGGAGGUAUUUGCAAGGCUGAACAUGCAGUUUCUUAUGCUCGGCCAGGUCCCCGAGUCAAAGGAGACAUUCUCCCCUGCGUUCCAGUACGGCGGUCAUGUCCAUAUUCCCCGUCAGUUCUGUAGUGCGGGUCAGGCUCGCCAGUCAGCUAACCCUAUACUACUCUCCACUAUUCAUUUUAUAAUGGGAAUGGAACAACUGGCUUUGACGACCGACGUGCACCCGCUGUUACCCAGCCCAAAGAUGCUUGACAAACGCGGAGCCCUUCAAUCAGACCUUUCGGAGUGGAUUACCGGUUACGAGAGCUCAGUAAACCCAUACCUUGCAUCGAUUCCGUGGAAUGAAAUAGUUGGCCUCACGACGCUCCGAGUCUACGCUGAAAUGUCCACGAUUCUGCUGGAUACUUGCUUCUCAACCAAGGAAACAGCAUACGACCCCCAUCUGCCAAAGUUCAAGUGGAUUAUCGAGCGCUAUCGCGAGUUUCACAAGUCACUUGAGACUCAACACUGCAAGGGACAGCCAUACUUCACCAUAGAUCCGUCUUUCUUUCCACCGUUGUAUUUCACCGCGUUGAAGUGUCGGGAUUGGAGCACGCGACAUCAAGCGCUCUCAUUUCUUAGAGAAUACCACCAUAUGGAGGGCCCAUGGACGGGAGCCAUGCUCGCUAUCGUUGCAGGGCACGUUAUCAGUCAGGAAGAGAAGCAUUUUGAAGGAGCAUUACAGUCGUCCGCACCGACAUCGAAUCCACAAAUACCACCGUCUACCAGACCCAGCAUAGUUCUGCCUGAGUUCACUCGCAUCCACUGCGUCGAAUGCAAACUCCCCGACCGCCGUGCACAAGAAUCAUACAUUGCUUCUCUCACGUUGAGGCGCUUCCGGCAUGAGCUGGGGAAGGCUGGGGGCUGGGAAGUCAGCAAGUGCAGCAUUGAUCUUACCAGUCAACCACAGGCCGCAGUGUUUGGGGUGUGA